GUCACCUCGCCGAAAUGCGACAUAACCUCCAAAAACAUAACCUGUCUUAAUAACAAUCAAAGUUGUUUAAGCACGUGUAUAAAUAUAUUUAAAUUGUGCUGUGCGUUAAUUUAGAUUUGUCCUUACAAUGGAUUAUUCAGUUGGGAGCUUAUCCGACUUAAUAACAGGAAAAAAUACGCCUAACAAACCAAAAGUUAUUCAGAAGGCGUAUACACCUUCAAAAUCUGAUCCCGUUGUUGAUGAACCCAAAUCUGAAGACAGUCCAAAGAAACGCCGAUUGAGUGCCACAGCCAACACGAAUGACAGGAAAAUUUCUCCAAAAAAAAAUGGUAUGAAUUCAGUACGAAAUUCUGUGUCAAAUGAAAUCAAAGAAAGCCAACAGAUACCUAUUAAAAUUAAGAAAGAGAAGGAAGCAACAGAAAAGCCGGAGAAAGUGACAUCAAAAUCGAAGCAGAAAAGAGAGAACCAACAGUCACCAAUUAAAAUUAAAAAUGAAAAUGAAGCAACAGAAAUGCCAGAGAAAAUGACACCUAAAUCGAAGCAGAAAAAAGAAAAUGAAGAAUCAGAAGUGCCAGAGAAAGUGACACCUAAAUUGAAGCAAAAAAAAUUCAAACAGAAGCUUGUUUCAACAAAUUCAAAUGAUAUAGUUGAAAACCAAGAUGAAUCACAGGUUACAACUGAGAAAAUUAAUUUAAAAAGAAAGGCUGAAACAGAAGAUCAGUCCCCUAAAAAGAAAAAAUUGUCCAAAAACGAGGCAAAUGCUGCCAAGAGAGUGUUAUAUAAAGAAAGAGAACUGAUAAAAGAUAAUCCAGAGGAUCUAGCUAAGACUAUUUUUAUUGGCAAUAUACCAUUGGCUAAAACCUUAGACCUAACAAAAAAACAAAUCAAACAACACUUCAGACAGUAUGGAAUUAUAUCAACCAUUCGACUUAGAGGUAUUUCUGUUGCUGACCCAAAAACAUCUAAGAAAAUUGCUGCUAUCAAGUCAGAAAUUAAUCCAAAACGUAAAACCGUAAAUGGAUACAUUAAGUUUGCUAAGGAAGAAGAUGCCAAAAAAGCUGUAGAACAAAAUGGGAAAUUAUUUAAUGACCACCAUUUAAGGGUUCAUCUUUUGGACUCAUCAGAAAAACCUGAUGAAACCAAAGCCAUUUUUAUUGGAAAUCUCAGUUUUGAGGCUGAAGAGGAUGAUUUAUGGAAAAUAUUUGAGCCUUGUGGUCCCAUUGACAGUAUCCGUAUUGUUAGAGACAGAAAAACAGGCAUGGGCAGAGGAUUUGCAUAUGUCAACUUUGUUAAUUCAGAUUCAGUGCAAUUAAGUCUAGAAAUGGAGAAUGUUCAAUUAAAUAAUCGUGAGCUUAGAAUAUCCCUGUGUAAUUUAAGUAUGGCCAAGAAAAAUAAGAAUAAAAAUAAAGUUGCCAAAAUCAACAAACCUGGGAAACCUAAGCUUAAGAAUAAAUUUAGGAAGUUUAGAAAAGUAGAGGGGGAUGGUGAGAAUCCUAACAGACAAGGUUUUGAGAAUAAGCAAUUUCAGGGUUCAAAAUUCAAUGAUAAAGGAAAGAAAAAGAAGUUUAACAAGGGAGAUUUACAGAAGAAAAAGUUAAUUAAAAAAAUUGCACCCAAACCUCGAGAAUAGUUUAUAAUAUGACUUGUUUUAUAAUAAAUUUUAUAAAUACA